GUUGCAAGUACAGAAAAGUUCUCGUUUUACGAUUUUACAUCUUCAAUGGUUGUGCGAGCGACUCGGAAUUCCAACUUUUUCCCAAACUUUUAGGUUAGUUUCACGGUCUAGUUUCAAUCCACUGUCAAGAAUAAACCUUUCAUGUCAAUAUGGAAAAAAUACCGUCAAGGUUAAGACCUCCUUCGUAGUGAAUUCUUUCUACGAAUUUUCGCUCUGCAUCAGACCAUUUUUUCUGCACACAAACAUCGCUGACAUGAUUCAUAGCAAGCAAGGACCUCCUCCCAUCAAAAAACAUUGCUAUUAGAGGUUAGAACGCGAGAAACACGCUUGUCGUGAACUUGAGUUAUAAGAAGGACGGCUGUCGGCCAUGAAACAACCAGUAUAGUUCCCUAUUCGGACACUUCUCGGGAACCGCGUUAUCAUCUGCAUUAUAUUUGUAUCGCAUGACGACCGCGAACAUCGACGAAUAACGAAGUGGACAAAACAGUGUCAAUACGCGUCCGGACGUCGAGCCGUAAACAUGUACCGAAACUUUUGUGUUGUUCUGCUCUGCGUAUUCGUUGUACAAGUUGAAUCCGGCAUAUCAGAUUGCGGUUCUCAAGUAGGCGCCUUUAAGAGUGUAAGUGUCUCGGAUUGUGACUUGGAGAAACAGCCCCAUUGCAUAUUGAAACGAGGAGCCAAUGCUACGAUCACGAUUAUAUUCGACGUCGAUGAUGACGUGACACAAGUGGAAUCGGUUGUACAUGGUGUUCUAGGGGGCGUGCCGGUCCCGUUCAACAUUCCAAACCCGGAUGCUUGUAAAGAUGGUUUGCCGUGCCCUCUCAGCAAGCCUGGGGGUUCAUAUACUUACGUGAAUACGUUAUUCGUCAAAAAAUCGUAUCCCCCGCUCUCGCUCAGAGUGCGAUGGGAACUGAGGAAUCAAAACGACACGGAUAUCGUUUGCGCUGAAAUUCCAGCGAAAAUCCAAUGAUCCGAUUCAAUGGCGUACGAUAAAAAUAAUGAAAAAUUUGGGAGACCAUAUGUUAAGCUAUAAAACAGCGUUACCGUUUUUCGAUCUUUGUGUGAAUGUGUGACGUGAUAUUUUUUAAACACAAAUAAUUAUUUGAUUAAAGUUUGAUUUUGGGGAUGAAGUGAUUCACGAUUUUCAUGGUCGUGCGUUGAAAUCGUGAAACCUGUUAAACGAAGGGACUUGAAAAUAUCGUAUGUAUUUUUCGUUUCUUUACAAUUGUGUAACAACAGUUAUAAACAACUUAAAUGACUAUUAAAUAAAAAAUAGAGUACGUAGGAA